AUUAGGCCCGCCAUUACGUCUCCCUUCCGAAGCAAGGCGCGCGCUGUGCCUUGUCGGCUGCCGUCUGGACUUUGAUGGCAACAAAGACGGAGAGACGCGGAAGUUUUGUACGCUGAGGCUGACCGAGACAAGGAGCUGGUCUCUUGUCCUACAGGUGCGAAAGGUGUUCUGCGACUCUCCUCCUUCAACGAAUCCGACGACGCCAGUCAAUUAUGGCUACCGACGUUGACGAGACGACUCUCACGACGCUAAAUCUGCUGGAAGCGCGACUGUUACGAAUCGAACAUGUUCUUCAUGGCCAUUCUGGAUCGCCAGCCGUUCCGCAAAACGAAUCGGCGGCUAUGAGGCUGGCUAGUCUUGAGAGGCGAUUUAAUGGCAUCCUAUCGAAAAUACCAGUUUACCAUGCUCUACUGCAAAUCUACUUGUUUCACGCAGCAUCACCUUCCGAGCCGCCGUCGAAACUUGACAUCGAUACGAUCUGCGCUAUUGUGCUGGCCGCAGCACCUCAAUACCAGUCGACGCUCUCUUUGCUCACCUCCGUCAAAGAUACGCCCAUCCCAGAUCCCACUCAGAGUGCAGCUCUGAUCGCGACGAGAGACCGCUUGAAGGCACUGGAGGCAACGCAAAUAGGCCAGGCUGCCGAAGCUGCCGAGUUGAGGUCCCGUAGCGAGGCUGUGGUUCGAGCCUGGUACGAAGGCUCCGUGCUGCGGAAAUCCCAGUUUAUGUCUGACUUGGAAGGGAGGGUUGAGCUCGUGGAGAGGGCUGUGAGAAGAGCAGAGCGAGAGCGGAAAGUUGCUCAAGAGAUAUAGGCCACGCUUUCUCAAUGCAUCCCAUGUGGCAGACAUGCCAUGCUGCGACGCGGAUCACAGCCAUGCGCAGCUUUACGCAAGAUGACUAGGGGCAACGGCAUGGUGCACUCUAGUUCGGGCUGCCCGCGACGGGCCAGACAAUGGGUUCCAGAGCUCAAAUGGGCGUAUCAAUUGCGACUUACAGCCUGGCAGAUGCAGCGCUGGUCAUCUGCGCGCCUGGCAUCUGGAAACAGAGCCGCAGCCUAGCUGACUGCUGCCCGCAUGGAUACCACGGAAGCUAGGCACUAGUUACUUGGGAUCGACCACUAUU